GGGCAGCAACAGACCACAAUAUUGAUAACACUACAGCCAUAUUACGGGAAUGGUUAAAAAAUGUACAGAAACUGUACCAUUUUGUGGAGUGGAGACCUAUGUCAGAACCUCAAUCUUAUACUGAUGAAUUUGGACCAAAGCACUGGCCAUCUUCCAGAUUUGUCCAUGUGAUUAAACUUCGUCAGGCUGCACUGCGCACUGCAAGAGAAAAAUGGUCUGAUUAUAUCCUUUACAUCGAUGCAGACAACUUUUUAACUAAUCCUCAAACAUUAAAUCUAUUGAUUGAAGAAAAUAAAACAAUUGUGGCCCCUGUGCUGGAAUCUCGGACAUUAUACUCCAAUUUCUGGUGUGGUAUGACACCUCAGGGGUAUUAUAAAAGGACUCCUGAGUAUGCUGUCAUAAGAGAAUGGAAGAAAACAGGCUGUUACCCUGUACCAAUGAUCCAUUCAACAAUGCUCAUUGACCUUCGAAAAGAAGCAUCUCAAAAUCUUCAGUUUUAUCCUCCACAUCCAGACUUUACUUGGUCAUUUGAUGACAUCAUUAUAUUUGCCUUCUCCUGCAGGCAAGCAGGAAUUCAGAUGUAUAUAUGCAAUAAGGAGCAUUAUGGAUAUCUUCCUGUGCCUCUUAAACCACAUCAAACUUUAGAAGAUGACAUUGAGAGUUUUUACUCAUGUCCUUACAGAAGCAAUGAUUGAUCGUCCACCCCUAGAGACAUCACGAUAUAUCUAUGUGCCACCUAAACUUCCGGACAAGAUGGGAUUUGAUGAGGUUUUCUUGAUUAAUUUAAAACGUCGCCAAGAUCGGCGUGUUCGGAUGCUGCGUAGUCUUUAUGAGCUGCAAAUUCAGGUGAAGAUAUUUGAUGCUGUGGAUGGCAAGGCUCUUAAUACAAGCCAGCUUAAAGCUCUGAAUAUAGAUGUGAUACCAGGAUAUCAUGACCCGUAUUCAGGGAGAACACUAACAAGAGGCGAGAUUGGAUGUUUCCUUAGUCAUUAUUAUAUAUGGAAAGAGGUGAUUGAAAGGGGACUAGAGCAAGCUCUUAUAAUAGAAGAUGACGUCCGGUUUGAGUACCAGUUUCGGAGCAAACUGCUAAAGCUAAUGAAUGAUGUUGCAAUGGCUGAGUUGGAUUGGGACCUAAUCUACAUUGGCAGGAAAAGAAUGCAAGUGCAACGCCCUGAGAAAGCUGUUCCCAAUAUAAUGAAUUUAGUUGAAGCUGAUUAUUCAUACUGGACACUGGCUUAUGCCAUCUCCCAGCAAGGAGCUCGGAAACUUGUUGAUGCGGAACCUUUGAACAAAAUGCUGCCGGUGGAUGAGUUUCUUCCAGUGAUGUAUAACAAGCAUCCAGUAGAAACAUACAUGGAGUUUUAUAAUCUGCGGAACCUGAAGGCCUUCUCCUCUGAGCCCUUGCUUGUCUACCCUACUCAUUACACAGGUCAGCCAGGAUACUUCAGUGACACAGAAACAUCCACUAUAUGGGACAAUGAAACUUUAUCAACAGACUGGGACAGAAGAUACUCAGGAAAGACAAGGCAACAAGGUGAAAUACACACUGAUGCUCAGAACACCGAAGCAUUAUCACCACAGGCAACAAUUGAUGCAUCAUCACGAGAUGAACUUUGA